CGCGCUGGUGUGGCAGAUUGGGCGCACCGAGAGGGCUGCGUUCCGCUUGCGCCCGAGAACCAAGUUGGACCGCUGGGGCCGGCUCAGAAUGAGGACCCGCUGGGCGACCCCUCACCGCGCAGCGGCGCUCAUCGUGCUGCUCCUUCAGUGCUUCGAGCUGGUGGAGUCCACUGGCCACACAGGUAAUGAUCCGUUCACCAUCAUCAAUGAAAACACGGGCAAGUGCAUCAAGCCACUAAAUGACUGGAUAGUAGCAACGGAUUGUGACACAACCCCGGACAUGUUGUGGAAGUGGGUGUCCCAGCAUCGGCUCUUUCACUUGCAAUCCCAGAAGUGCCUAGGCCUAGAUAUUACCAAACCCAUGGAUUCCUUGAGAAUGUUCAGCUGUGACUCCAAUGCCAUGCUGUGGUGGAAAUGUGAGCGCCACUCUCUGUAUGGAGCUGCCCAGUCCAGGUUGGCUCUGAAGGAUGGACAUGCCAUAGCAAGUACAAAUUCAUCUGAUGUCUGGAAGAAAGGAGGCUCCAAGGAAAGCCUCUGUGACCAGCCUUACCACGAGAUAUAUACCAGAGAUGGGAACUCGUAUGGGAGACCUUGUGAAUUUCCAUUCUUAGUUGCUGGGACCUGGCACCACGAGUGUAUCACUGACAAAGAUCGCCAUGAGCCGUGGUGUGCAACCACCUUAAAUUACGAAUAUGACCUAAAGUGGGGCAUCUGCUUAAACCCAGAAAAUGGCUGUGAAAAUAAUUGGGAAAAGAAUGAGCAGACUGGGAUUUGCUACCAAUUUAAUACUCAAGCAGCUCUUUCUUGGAAAGAAGCUUAUGUUUCAUGUCAGAAUCAAGGAGCUGACUUACUGAGCCUCAGCAGUGCUGCUGAAGUAACAUAUCUUACAGAAAAAGAAGGUAUUGCAAGAAUUUUCUGGAUUGGCUUAAAUCAGCUGUACUCUUCUAAAGGCUGGGAAUGGUCAGACCACACACCAUUAAACUUUCUCAACUGGAGUCCAGAUAUGCCCAGUGCACCUGUAAUAGGUGGGUCCAGCUGCGCAGUCAUGGAUGCCACAUCUGGUCUGUGGCAGAGGUUUUCCUGUGAAGCUCAGCUGCCCUACGUCUGCAAGAAGUCAUUAAAUAACACAGUGGAGUUAACAGAUACUUGGACAUAUUCAGAUACCCGCUGUGAUGCAGACUGGCUGCCAAAUAAUGGGUUUUGCUAUUUGCUGGUAAAUGAAACUGAUUCCUGGGAUAUGGCACACAUGAAAUGUGAAGGCUUCAGCAGCCACCUCAUCAGCGUUCAUUCUUUAGCAGAUGUGGAAGUGGUUGUGACAAAACUCCAUAAUGGGGAUGCCAAAGAAGAAACAUGGACAGGUCUUAAGAACAUAAAUACACCAGCUCUCUUUCAGUGGUCAGAUGGUAGUGAAGUCACUCUAACAUACUGGGAUGAGAAUGAGCCAAAUGUUCCCUACAAUAAGACUCCCAACUGUGUUUCCUAUGCAGGACAGCUAGGUCAGUGGAAAGUCCAAUCAUGUGAAGAGAAACUGAAAUAUGUAUGUAAGAAAAAGGGAGAAAAUAUAAGUGAUACAAGAUCUGAUAAGAUGUGUCCUCCAGAUGAGGGCUGGAAGAGACAUGGAGAAACCUGUUACAAGAUUUACAAGGAUGAGGUCCCUUUUGGAACCAACUGCAAUCUGACUAUAACUAGCAGAUUUGAGCAAGAAUUCCUGAAUGAUAUGAUCAGAAAGUAUACCAAAUCUCCAGGAAAAUACUUCUGGACUGGUCUGAGAGAUGUGGAUUCACAAGGAGAGUAUAGUUGGGCAAGUGUCGGUGGAGUAAGGCGGUCUGUAACCUUUUCCAACUGGAAUUUUCUUCAGCCAGCAUCUCGAGGCGGGUGCGUAGCUAUGGCUACUGAAAAGUCUCUUGGGAAAUGGGAAGUAAAAGACUGCAAAAGCUUCAGAGCACUUUCAAUAUGCAAGAAAAUCACUGAGCCUGCUGAGCCUGAAAAAGCCACCCCCAAGCCUGAAGACCCCUGUCCCGAAGGCUGGUAUAAUUUCCCCUUGGGCCUUUCUUGCUAUAAGCUAUUUCAUAUAGAAAGAAUUGUAAGAAAGAGGAACUGGGAAGAAGCUGAGAGAUUCUGCCAAGCACUUGGAGGACACCUUGCUAGCUUCCAUCAUGUGAAUGAAAUAAAGGAAUUUCUUCACUUUUUAAUGGACCAGUUCAGUAGCGAACGCUGGCUGUGGAUAGGUUUGAAUAAAAGGAGCCCAGAUUUACAAGGAUCCUGGCAAUGGAGUGAUUAUACACCAGUGUCUACUAUUAUCAUGGAAAAUGAGUUUCUGCAGGAUUAUGAUAUCAGAGACUGUGCUGCCAUCAAGGUUACACAGAGGCUAUGGCGAAGAAGCUGGUAUUUCUAUAAUGACAGAGAAAUUAUUUAUUUAAGGCCUUUUGCUUGUGAUACAAAACUGGAAUGGGUGUGUGAGAUUCCAAAAGGUCGUACUCCAAAAACACCAGACUGGUACAAUCCAGAGCGUGCUGGAAUUCACGGACCUUCAGUCAUAAUAGAAGGGAGUGAAUAUUGGUUCGUUGCUGACCCUCACUUAAACUAUGAAGAAGCUGUCCUGUAUUGUGCUAGCAAUCACAGCACCCUGGCUACAUUAACAUCUUUUGCAGGACUAAAAGCCAUCAAAAACAAAAUAGCAAAUAUAUCUGGUGAAGAACAGAAAUGGUGGCUGAAAACUACUGAGCAGCCGAUGAUAGAUCGUCGCUCUAUAUUCUCACGACAUCCGUGGCAUCAUCACUUUCCUGUAAUGAAUGGAGAAGAAUGUGUAUAUCUAUCUGCCAAGACCUGGCUUAACGACUUAAAUAAACCAAUAGACUGUACUACCAAGUUGCCCUUCAUCUGUGAAAAAUAUAAUGUAUCUUCAUUGGAGAAAUAUAGUCCAGAUUCUGCAGCUAAAACACAAUGCUCUGGGGAUUGGCGUACUUUUCAGAAUAAGUGUUUUCUAAUGGUCAAACCCAAGUUUCUCACAUUUCUUGAAGCAAGUGAUACUUGUCACACCUACGGUGGCACCCUUCCUACAGUGUUGAGCCAGAGAGAACAAGAUUUCAUUAUAUCCUUGCUUCCGGACAUGGAAGAUGCUUUGUGGAUUGGUUUGCGCUGGACAGCCUAUGAAAGAAUAAACAAAUGGAUAGAUAACAGAGAGCUGACAUACAAUAACUUUCACCCAUUAUUGGUUGGUCGCAUGAUGAGAAUACCAAAAAAUGUGUUCGAUGACGAGUCCCGCUACCACUGCGCCCUGAUGCUCAACCACCGCAAGUCGCCUUUUGCUGGGACAUGGAAUUUCACUUCCUGCAGUGAACGCCACACUCUGUCUCUCUGUCAGAAAUACUCAGAAAUGGAAAGCAGCCAGACCCUACACAAUACUUCAGAAACUGUAAAGUAUCUAAAUAAUUUGUACAAAAUAAUCCUGAAGACUCUGUCUUGGCCCGAUGCUCUGAGGGAAUGUCAGAAAGAUCACAUGCACCUGGUGAGCAUCACAGACCCCUUCCAGCAGGCCUUCCUGACUGUGCAGGCGGUCCUUCGAAACUCUUCCUUGUGGAUUGGACUCUCCAGUCAAGACGAUGAACUCAACUUUGGUUGGUCAGAUGGAAAACAUCUUAAGUUUAGUCGCUGGGCUGAAAAUAAUGAGCAACUUGAGAACUGUGUGUUUUUGGACACUGAUGGAUUCUGGAAAACAUCUGAUUGUGAUGCUAAUCAACCGGGUGCAAUUUGCUACUAUCCAGGAAAUGAGACUGAAAGAGAGGUCAAACCAGUUAGCAGUGUUCACUGUCCAUCUCCUGUUUUAAAUACCCCAUGGAUACCAUUCCAGAACUAUUGCUACAACUUCAUGAUAGCAAAGAACAGAUUCAUGCCAGUAACACAAGACGAUGUUCAUUCUAGAUGCCAAAAACUGAAUCCAAAAUCACAUAUUCUGAGUAUUCGAGAUGAAAAAGAGAAUAAUUUCGUUCUUGAGCAACUUCUGAACCUUAAUUAUAUGGCAUCAUGGGUAAUGUUAGGUGUGAUUUAUGAAAAUAAUUCUCUUAUGUGGUCUGACAAGACCAUGCUGUCAUAUACGCACUGGAGAGCAGGAAGACCAGCUGUAAAAAAUGGCCAGUUUUUUGCUGGCUUAAGUACUGAUGGCUUCUGGGAUAUUCAGGCCUUUAAUACUGUUGACGAAAUACUUUACUUUCAUCAGCACAGCAUUCUUGCUUGUAAGAUUGAAAUGGUUGACUACCAGGAAGAAUAUAAUACUACCCUGCCACAGUUUAUUCCAUAUGAAGAUGGUAUUUACAGUGUUAUUCAAAAAACAGUAACAUGGUAUGAAGCAAUAAACCUGUGCUCUCAAAGCGGAGGGUAUUUGGCAAGUGUUCACAACCAAAAUGGUCAGCUCUUCCUGGAAGAUAUCGUGAAGCGGGAUGGAUUUCCGUUGUGGGUCGGGCUCUCAAGUCAUGAUGGAACGGAAUCAGAUUUUGAGUGGUCUGACGGCAGUGCAUUUGACUACAUACCAUGGAAAGACAAGCAAUCUGCUGGGAAUUGUGUUCUCUUGGAUCCGAAAGGAAUUUGGAAACAUGAAAAAUGUAAUUCUUUUAAGGAUGGCGCUAUUUGCUACAAGCCUACAAAAUCUAAAGAGGCAUCCUCUCAAACAUACUCCUCGAGAUGCCCAAAAGCCAACGGGUCGCAGUGGGUCCAGUACAAGGGCCACUGCUACGCAUCUGACCAGGCAUUGCACAGUUUCUCGGAAGCCAAGCAGUUUUGUUCAGCACUUGAUCAUUCUGCAGCUAUUGUUACCAUAAAGGAUGAAGAUGAGAAUAAAUUUGUGAGCAGACUGAUGAGGGAAAAUAAUAAUAUUACCAUGAGAGUUUGGCUUGGAUUAUCUCAGCAUCCUUCCGGUCAAUCUUGGAAUUGGUUAGAUGGAUCAAAAGUGACAUUUGCUAAAUGGGAAAAUAAGCAUAAAAGCAAUGGUGGAAAAUGUAGCAUUUUGUUGGCUUCAAAUGAAACUUGGAUACAAGUUGAAUGUUCACGUGGCUAUGGAAGAGUUGUCUGCAAAGUUCCUCUGGACUGUCCUUCAUCCUCCUGGGUUCAGUUCCAAGACAGCUGUUACACUUUUCUUCAAGGAAAUAUCAAAGUAGAAAGCCUAGAGGAUGUCAGAAAUCAGUGCACUGACCAUGGAGCAGAUAUGAUCAGCAUACACAAUGAAGAAGAAAAUGCUUUCAUACUGGAUACAUUGAAAAAGCAAUGGAAAGGCCCAGAUGAUAUCCUACUAGGCAUGUUUUAUGAUACAGAUGAUGCGAGUUUCAAGUGGUUUGAUAAUUCAAAUAUGACAUUUCAUAAGUGGACAGACCAAGAUGAUGAUGAGGAUCUAGUUGACACCUGUGCCUUUUUGCACACCACGACUGGUGAAUGGAAAAAAGGAAAUUGUGAAGUUACUUCUGUGCAAGGAACCCUUUGUAAAGCAGCCAUUCCAUAUGAAAAGAAAUAUUUAUCAGAUAACCACAUUUUAAUAUCAGCGUUGGUGAUUGCUAGCACAGCAAUUCUGACAGUUUUGGGAGCAACUGUGUGGUUCCUGUACAAAAGAAAUUUGAAUUCUGGUUUCACCACAGUUUUUUCAACUGCACCCCAAUCACCUUAUAACGAUGACUGUGUUUUGGUAGUGGCAGAAGAAAAUGAGUGUGUUUAAUUUGAAUGAAAUUUUGCAUAUUCCAGAUGAAGACAUCAAACACACGGACAGUGAUUCAUGUUCAAGAUUUUAAUAUAAAACUUGACAAUGAGUUUUUAUUGUAUAUAUCCUUAUUUCAGUAACAUUCCUCAUCUGAUUUGGAAAUGAUCUCAGAUGUUAGUGGUUUUAACCACUUUCCCAAAUGUUACUUUUCACUUGAAUGAAAGCUUAAAGCCCACACAGAAAAAAAAACAAAAACAAAAACAAAACCCCCCCACUCUACUUGUCUUACCUGCUCUAUCUCCCCUAUCCUCUCACUUAGUUGAAACUUACAGUUGGGGGAAAGAAAUUCUACCUACCACUACAGUUUUACUCAUCACUAGGCUUGCCCUUUUAUUAAUAAACAUGACAUGGGAAAUAAACCUUUUAAAUAGAUACUAUGUAUUUAGAUAUAUGAGUGCAAACUUGUUACUCUGGCAUGUAAUUCCUCUAAUGCUUUUCAUCUUUAUGAUUAAGAUUUAGAAAGUUUUAGAGAUUUUUAACACCCUAAAUUCCACAUAAAUUACAUUUUAUAAUUUCAUUACUUUUAGAACACCAUUUUGAACAACAAACAGUAUUUAGCACUGAUCAAAAAUGGUUAGAAUUUUAAUAAAAUUUUAUGCCCUUUGAAAGAACAAUUACAGUCAUACCAGGAAAGUAGUGGGAGGCUGGUAGUAAAAAUAACACUUGUAUCCUAAAACCUCUAAGGAUUUUUCUACUAUCACCACACCUGUUACUCUGGUAAAGCUGUCUCAUACUCCCCCAGCACUGAUGAACCAUAUCAUUCAAUGACAUAAAAACUAAGCAAAAAAUGCACAAAAACAAUAUAUACUACUAUAGUGAUGAUGCUUCAGGUUUCAGCACACUUAAUGUACAAUUUAAGAGAAGGCUGAAAAUAAUCUUUCAGGGGCAAAAAAUAAAAAUGGGGAAAAGCUGAAAACAGAAGUUGCUUUUCUAAGUAUUCUUUACAACUAAAAAAACUAUUACCAAUUAUGCUCUAUUUAGAAACUCGAAGCUCAAUUAAGUAUCCUGUCUCCCUAAUCAACUGCAUUAACUUAUGGAGAAUACUUUUCUUACAUGAUCUCUGUUUGACCAAAGGCAACAAAAUCACAGUUUCCCUUGGCCUCACCACAAAUCAAAAACACCCCUGAUCACAAUUAAUAGCACUGUUGUUAAUGAGAUAUGAGUAACUAUAGCAAUGACAGAUGGACUAUACAAAGUGGCUAUAUGGUAUUAAAAAAAUGUUACAGCAGCUCCAUUAUACAAUUAUGCUCUGUAAGAGCUUUAAGUUUGUAAGACUUUUCAUAGUGAUUUAGAAGAAGUCUACUUUGUUAUUAGUAAGCUACUAAGUGGUACUAAUAGUAGUGAACAUUAGAAUUCCUUCUUAGUCUCCUAUUCAAAUUCUUACCUCUUUCUCAAAACUUUCUUACUGUCACAAAUCUCUACCAUCUAAUAUGGUAGCCAGUAGCCAUAUGUGGCUAUUUAAAUUAAAAUUAAAUGUAACUUAAAAGUUCAGUUCCUCAACUGUGCUAGCCAAAUUUCAAGUGCUCAAAUCACAUAAGCAGUUAAUAGCUACCAUACUGAACAAUGCAAAUUACAUAUUUCCAUUUUUGCUGGUCAGUGCUGCUAUCGACUCACUCCCCUUCUAUUCAGCUCCCAUAUAACUAAUUUUCUUCUGUUUGAUAACUUCUGCCUAAUGGCUGCUCUUGCAAAGUGGCUGUUUUAAAGUGAUUUAUCCCCCAUGUUCAAUUUCAUUUUUUAAACAAGUUCUCAGAGGACCCUGGUAAUGAAAUACUAAAUCUUAAUUUUCUUUGUAUGUUGGGUUGGCCAAAAGGUUUUUCUUCCUAUAGGAUGGCCUAUUAGUGCAAGUUGUCUUUAACUUCGUUUGAAACAAUUUUGUUAGAUUGUAUUGUGACAACUGUCAUAUCAGCAUUAAAAAACACAUCAAAGAAUUUUUGUAUAGCCAUUUUAACACGGAAGAUGGAAGAAGGCAACAUUCACAGCAUAUUAUGCUUUAUUUCAAGAAAGGUAAAAACACAACUGAAUAGCAAAGAAAAAAAAAUUGUGCAGUGUAUGGUGAAAGUCCUCUGACUGACUUAAUGUAUCAAAAGUGGUUUGCAAAGUUUGUGCUGGAGAUUUCUCACUGAACAAUGUUCCACCAUCAGGCAGACCAGUUGAAGUUGAUAGAGAUCAAAUUAAGACAUUGAGAAUAUUUAACAUACCACGGUGGAGGAUAGCUGACAUACUCAGAAUAUCCAAAUCAGUAGUUACUGGUGAAAAUGAAAAGUGUGUCUUUUAUUUUAUAGAAAAAACUAAACAGACUUUUUGGCCAACCCAGUAUCAGGACACUUGUAAAUAGGGCCUUGUAUGAAUUUGGUGGUCAACAGAUAACAAAUUACACAUGGUUGCUUGCCUAUAUUCAGAAUGUAUAAAUUGCAUUUUUCAACCUCUUUGUUCUAGCUAAUAAUGACAAUAUAAAUUAUGUUUGGCAUUUAUCUAAAGAACUAUUACUUUUCCUAGGAUUUUGCAGUCUUCAUAGUGAAUAAUGUAUGGUCCUCUAUUUUUGUUCAGAGUUUAAAAGUGAUAACCAAAGUAAAGACUUUUUUUCUUAUUCCAAUUCCUUUAAUUCACAUUUACAGGAUUCAGAAGCUAUACACUAUUAAAUAUGUAGUACUAAGAAAUUAUAAGAAUACUACUAUUAAGCUCAAGUCACUGUCUCUGUCACUUAAUAUUUAAUAUUAAAAAUAUAAACAUUUUAUGUGGACCAAUGGAAUGAUUUUUACCAUUAAUUU